UUUUUUGUAACCAUUGCUCAACACUAGUAAGAAAAUAGUUGAACAAUUAACAAUGAAAAAUUAUACUUUUUUCUUAGUCUUUGUAGCCAUGGUUUUCGAUCAUUUGGAAAUUUUUGAAGUUGAUGGAAGGCAAAGCAUAUCGAUUGAAGAAGAUUUAGAGUUCGAGAGACAACUCAAGAUACUCAACAAACCUCCUCUCAAGACAAUUCAUUCGUCAUGGGGUGAUAUCUACGAUUGUAUCGACUUUUACGAGCAACCUGCAUUUGAUCAUCCUUUGCUCAAACACCAUAAAUUUCAGAUGAAACCAAAUUUAGAGAUGAAAGGAGGUAGGAGUGAGAGUGGCACAUCAAUUUUUCGAACUCAAGUAGAGAGUUGUCCACAAGGAACGGUACCAAUACGAAGGACACGAAAAGAAGAUUUAAUCAGAGCCAAGUAUUCGUCAUUGUCAAUUGAGCCCAUGUCUGGCGCUAAAAACGAAUACUUUGCAGGUAUUGUGUAUCAACAUGAUGGUGAAGCAUUUCACGGGGCAACUGCGAACAUAAGUGUAUGGAAGCCAAAUGUUAACCUCGAUGAAUACAGCAUGGCGGAAAUUUCUUUAAGAUCCGGUUGGGAUCGUCAAUACAAUAGAAUACAUGUUGGAUGGAUGGUGAAUCCCUUGUUCUACGAAAAUGACACCAAUGUCCGACAAUUUAUAUACUGGACUGUAGACAAUGGCAACCACACAGGAUGCUAUAAUACCCUUUGUCCUGGUUUUGUCCAAGUUGACCCUCGAUUUACUCCUGACACGCCUUUUGACCCCAUCUCUGUUUAUGGAGGCGCUGUUGUUGAAAUGCAAUCCCAUGUAUAUUUCGAUUCAUCGGAAAAGAGAUGGUGGUAUGUAAUUCAAGGCAUAAAAGUUGGAUACUGGCCAGCAGAAGUUCUUCCUCGGUUGAGUGACGUUGGUGUCGAACGCAUAUACUGGGGAGGACACUCAAAGGGCAAUGAAGAUGGACGUGUUCCUGAAAUGGGAAGUGGUCAGUUUCCGAAUGAAAAGUUUAACCAAGCUGCCUAUUUUACACAAAUGCAAUAUAAUGAUGCGUCUGGUACCCUAUUAGAUCUUAAUUAUAAAAGGACGAUAGAUGUAAUUGGUUGUAAGGAGCAAUAUGAUAUGGAUUAUUAUGGUUUCCUGGAGGAUGGUGGUCGACGACAUAGCUUACAAUAUGGAGGACCCGGUGGAAAGUGCUAGUUAGCUUGUGUGCUGUAAUGUUCUUGUUCUUAUUAUGCGAAUAAGGAGAAUAUAUUUUGCUGUGCACCAGUCCAAGAUUCAGUAAAAUUUUCCUUUUUAUGCCUAGAUUUUUUUAUUUUUUUUUGGCAAAUGUACAGAGUGCAUUAAACAAACAACUAGGCUUAACCAAACUAGAGUAAGCACUCCUGGAAAGGAUUAGCCGAUUAGUAAU